AUGCCCUUUGCUCCAGCGAUCGGUGCAGUAAUUGUCAUCGAAUAUAGAGCAUGCUCGGAUGUCAGGAAUAUCAUCAAUGUUUUGAGAUGGGAAGCAUACAGUGGAGAUGUACCAAUGUCUUUUCGUCUACUCAGCAAAUCAUCUGAGGAACUCAAGUUCCGGGCCGACUUCUACACUUGCGGCUGUGUUCGUUACAAAACAAUACCGCUUUCGAAUCUGGCAGUAUUCAACGAUAUCAUAGGAGUUGUUGAGGACGAAAAAGGCGUUUUGGAAAGGAAAUAUAUAGGAAAACUGCGUGCUACAGUCAAACUUAGAAACGUGCGUACCGGUUAUGAAUGGGAGCUUUGUUGUGUGAACGAAUACUUGCAACAACCGACUGACCUUUACGAGGUUUACAGCCGCGGUAUAGUGGGAGCGGUCAAUCAGAAAGGUAACCUUAGUUAUAUCACAUCUCGUGAGUUUCCUCACGAUGUUCGUUUCAAAAGUGGCAACGUCGAUGUUGAUCGUGUGAAAGGUCUGCUAGGUCGGGAAGUGACAUUUUUCGCACGUCAGCAAAAUGGUCACAUUUACCAUGUGACGGGAUCAGUUGAGCCACUGACAAGAAGUAUAAUUCCUAUCGUAAACAACGGAUUCUUCUCUAACAUUCACCAAGAAGGGAGACCUGUGGACGAUAAGGAAUACCUACGCAGAGGCCACCUGACCACGAAACCGAAGCGAACUAGGCACUGCGGAGCUGAAGAAGAACUGAAAAAAGGAAGUUGA